CAGAAUCCCUCAUAUUCCUAAUGUAUGUAGUGCACUAUGUAGGGAAUUAAUAGGAAUUAGACAUUCCGCCUAGAGUGGUACCCUACCACCUCACCCCCACCGACAUUUUGGGAGUCAGAAUAUAAAUAUUCUCACUGUAUGCCUUCAUGAUUUCGUCUUUUUGGUGUGCUUAAUAUGGUUCACACGUGCGUGGUGGCAGGGUGUCGGAACAGGAGGACUCCCGGUACCGCGUUAUCCUUCUACAGGUUUCCGCGUGAUCCGGAGAGGAAGCAGCGCUGGAUUGCUGCUGUGAAUCGUAAGGGCUGGGUGCCAAACGAGGGCAGCAGACUCUGCAGUAACCACUUCAUUUCAGGUAAACAAGUGAAGAAUCCCAGAUCUCCUGACUACAUCCCUUCGGUUUUCACCUCUGCUACACUAUCCUCAGACAUUAAAGAAGCACACGCCUUUGAGCCAUAUGACAAACAAGAAGCACAAGUUGAGGCUGCAAAUGCCUUACUUUUCCUACAAGGUCAGGGACGUUUUAAUGAAGGCCAUAUUCAUAGCCAAUGCCAAGGUGAGCCAGAAAGCACAUCCUCUUGUGUGAACAGUGAUGAUGAAAGAAAAGAUAUUGAAGUGAUGGAAGAAAGUGAAAAUGAGAGCAAAGAAGAAGAUCUACCCAGAAACCGCUUCACAAAGUCUAUCAUUUAUGAGGCCAAAGUAAAUGCCCUGAAGAAAGAGAAUAUGAAACUGAAGGAGUCCUUAGAGAAGAUGUCUCUCACUGAAGCCUCAUUUCGGAAUGAUCCAGAAAAGGUUCAGUUCUACACAGGAUUACCAAACUAUUUUGUCUUCGAGACGGUAAUGUGGCUUCUUGUGCCGCAUAUGAAAGGGGACAAAAAUGCAAAGCUUACAAAGUUCCAACAGUUACUUUUGACUUUAAUGAGACUUAGACUUGAUCUUAGGAAUCAGGACUUGGCUUACCGUUUUGGAGUUAAAGUUUCCACAGUAACCAGGACUGUCCAUCGAAUCAUCAACAUAAUGUUUACCAUGCUGGUUCCCACUGCUGUGUUCUGGCCGUCUAGAGUGGAGCUCCGGAAAAACUUGCCAGAAGCUGUGAAGUGUACGUAUCCAGACUGCGCUGUGAUCAUAGACUGUUUUACAGUAUCCCUUGAAAAAGCAGUCAGUAUAGAUACACAUCGUCAAGCUGCCAGAGCAACAAGAGAGAUGACCAAUCAAUCAUCACAGUCUGUGUUUGUCAGUGAACUCAAAUACGUUAUUGGUGUUGCCCCCCAGGGGGCGGUCAUGUUCGUCUCCAGAGGAGCACCUGGCAACAUUAGUGAUAAGACUCUAGUCGAGAGUUGUGGCCUCCUUCAUAAGCUCCUGCCUGGAGAUGUGGUUCUGGCAGAACGGGAUUUUGGCAUUAAGGACUUGGUAGGUGCUCACAGAGCUGAGCUCAUGCUCACUAGUAGCGAACUAAAUGAGCUUAACCAGAGUAACCAGGACACAAGAGAAGAUGCUUCACUGGCUACUACAGAGAGACUUCACGUGAAUAAGCACGUGGAGCGGGUGAUACAAAUGGUCAAAAAGAGAUAUUCUAUGCUGACUGGACCAGUGGAGAGCGCUUUUACAGUCAUUGAUCGUAGCACCAAUGUGACCACUUUCGACAAGAUGGUACAGGUUGCAUGUGCCUUAAAUAACCUGUGUAUUUCUGCUGUUCCACUUGACUGACUUGCAUCCUAGAAUAUGGAAAGCAUCAGGAGGAUACAUAACGUUACUCAAGGGAUCACAUAGAAUCACAUAUUGUAACCAUUUCAGUUGUUUCUGUUCAUACUGAGCCUCUUGUUUUAUUCUGUGACAUGAUGUGGGAGGGUGAAGGCUGCACAUUGCAUGAAAAGUCUAACUUGUCAUCUAUCUAAACCACUAUCUAACUAUGAACGUUUAGCACCUGGCACAUGGAUCAUAGUGAAAAUAUGUAUUCUCUAACUAGAACAUGUCCUGUAGUUUCUGGCAAAAAAAAGUGCACCUAAUCCAUGCAUUAAAUCCUGCCAUUGAAUUUGUUUGCAA